AUGGCUCAUAGAUUAAACAUGUUGAAGAAUCAUCUUGUCAAGUAUACACCAGAAAUGCCAGCUUCAGAUUAUAUCUUUUUCGGUCAUGAUACAGUUAAUAGAUUUUCAUUUUUACGUGAUGAUGAAACUUUUUUAAAGCAAUCAUUAAUUAAUCCAUUAACAAAAUUUAUUUUAUUUAUUAAUGAAAAUCCAUUAGGUUAUAAAGAUAAGAUUGAAUUAUAUUAUUCAAAUUAUAAUGAAUUAAAACCUCAAGUUGAUGAGUUUAUUAAAUUACAUGAAGUUCAAGAUUUAAGUGUUAAUGAUUUAAAAUUUGUAUUUUUGGGGAUUGAUGAACGUUCAAAAGGGUUUAAAUAUAAACAAUAUGAAGGUAUUCCAUAUUAUGCAGUUGAUAUAACACAAAAUAAACAACUAUCUGAUGAUUUUUUAUCAAAAUUCAGUCAUUAUAAAGAUCGUUUAAGUUUAAUUUUCAAAUUAAAUAAUUUUGAUGCUUCUAUUUUUUCACAAGGUAGAAUGUAUUUAGAUUGGUUAAAUAGAAAUAAAUUCUGUGCAGGUUGUGGAUCCAAAACAAUUGCAAUUCAAGCAGGUACUAAAUUAAAAUGUUCAUCCGGUGAAGAUUCCAAAUGUCCCGUUAAAAAUGCAAGUGUUUCAAAUAUUUCAUUCCCCAGAACAGAUUCUGUUAUUAUAACAGCUAUAACAAAUGAAAAAUAUGAUAAAGUUCUAUUAGGUAGAGGUAAAAGAUUUCCAAUUCCAAUGUAUAGUUGUAUUGCAGGAUUUAUUGAACCUUCAGAAACUAUUGAAGUUGCAUCAAUAAGAGAAGUUUGGGAAGAGACUGGUGUUAAAGCUUCUAAAAUUCAAAUAUUACAAAGUCAACCUUGGCCAUAUCCGGCAAAUUUAAUGAUUGGUUGUGUUGCAUUUGUGGAAUUUAAUGAAGUUAAUGAAAAUAUUGAUUUAGGUCAUGAUCCUGAAUUAUUAGAUGCUAAAUGGUUAGACAUUGAACAGGUUAGAAAAUUAUUGAAUGGAGAAAAGGGUGAUUUUUCAUUACCUCCUGAUACUGCUAUUGCUCAUACUUUAAUUAGUCAUGUUGUUAAACAAUAUGAUUUGUUGAACUCACAAAAGUUGUGA